AUGUUAUUAAAGCUGCACUUAUAGCACUUGAUAAUUCUAAAUAUACUAAUAUAUAUGCAACUGCUCAAAAGUUUGGAAUUGCAGAAAUAACACUAAGAUAUGCAAUAAAAAAUAAUGACUUGCUUAAACAUUCUGGCCCUCUAAUAGUUUUAAGUAAACAUAAUGAAAUACAGCUAGUAGGAUAUUUCUUAUCAGAAGCUCAAGCACAAAAAGUUAAUUCAGCUAUUAUAAAAGAUCACUUUGAUAGACUUUACCAUGUAAUUCAAGAGUAUUCGCUUACUGUGGAAUGCAUCUUGAAAAUGGAUGAAACUGGUUUUGUUCUUUCCACUAAAAUGCAAAAAGAAGCAAUUAUUAAUGCCUUCAAAACUACAAGAAUCUGGUCUUUCAAUCCUAAUUCUAUCAGUAAUGAUUGUCUUGAUCCAUCACUAACAACUGAAAGAUUUGACAUAUCUUCACUUAAACAAUUUUCUCAACUACCUGAACAAGUGUUUCUUAUAUCUGAUGAAUCUUCUACACAACUCCAACCAACUUAUAAGUAUUCUACCCAAGAUAGCAUUAUCAAAAAUAUGGAAUUGCUAAAGUAUGAACUUGAGUCUCAAAAAAAAAAUAUUACAUUAGAAAAAGAAAAUACAUCACUGAAACAAAAUUAUACAAUAAUAAAAAAAAAAUUAAAAACCUUCAAAAAUCCUGAUACCUCUUCAUUAAAACUCAAGCUCAAAUAUCCAAAUUCUUAA